AUGGCUGGUGACUGGUGGUUGGUGGCUGGUACCUUGACAGAAGAUGAAGGAUGUGCGAAAUUGACGUAUGGGGAUCAAUCUUUUGACGGGCCAGUGGUCUACUCUCCAAUGAAUUGGUUUGAGACGCCGGCAGUUGUUAAACUUGAAUCAGCGUGUUCGGGCGAGGAAGCACUUGGGCUAGAGAGUGGUCUCAUUACUGAUCAGCAGAUUACCGCUUCAUCCUCAUGGGAUGCGGCACACGGACAACAGAACGCCCGACUAAACCACCAAGCCGCCCGAGGUAAAUCAAGUGCCUGGUCAGCGCAAAGCAAUGAUCUCAAUCAGUGGCUUCAAAUCGAUUUCGGACGAAAUGUAAAAAUUACGAAGCUUGCGACUCAGGGACGUAAUGACUACGGCGACCAAAGGGUGAAAAGUUAUACUCUCGAUUACAGCGCGGAAGGCAGUAACGUUUUUCAGGCCUAUCAAGAGAAUGAAUCAGAUAAGGUUUUUAAUGGAAAUGCAGAUCAGAACACCGUGGUUACCCAUGUCUUGUUGCAACCAAUCACAGCUCGAUAUGUCCAAAUAAAACCAAAAUCAUGGAAUGAACAUAUUUCCAUGAGGGCCGAGUUUUACGGCUGUGUUCUCUCAGACCGUUAUCAAGUACUUGGUCGAAAUGUUCACAUGGAUUACGUUCAAGAGCAUCUUCGUACAAAGAGAGAGGUAACCUUUGGAGAGACCCAGGAGCGAGCCAAUGGAAUUGAGCUUGAAAUUCUAACUGAUACUGUAUAUGUUAAGAGUCACGUGGAUCUGCGCGGUAUGAAAAGAUUGACAAUAUUCAGCCGAGAGGUGAUCUUUACGAAAGACAGUCGAUUGGACCUCAGAGCUCCCGACUUAGAGCAAAAUUUAAAUAUUCUGUCUCCAGGUUCCGAUGGAGAUGAUGGGAAGCAUGGAGUUCAUGGUCCAGCAGUCACAGUCUACGCCGAAAUUAUUGCUGGCUAUGUAGAUAUUGUAACAAAUGGCGGAAAUGGAAAACCGGGGCAAAAUGGCGCGAAUGGAAGAAAGGCAGCCGACAGCAUGCACAAGCAACCGGACAGGACAGACUCUAACUGCAAAGCAGGCAAAACAAGGACUGGCUGCACUAGACACUUUGCAGGGAUACGAGGUAUAUCAGGUGGAAAUGGAGCAAAUGGCGGAGAUGGUGGGAGAUCAGGAAAUGGCGGUGAUGCAGGCCGUCAAACUCUUCAUGUUCUGAAAGUGAGAGGGAAAAUCGAAUUAACAUCUUGUCGCGGGACUGGAGGGCAGGCGGCAUUAAACGGAUUAGGAGGAGCCG